AUGUCUCUGGUGGACAGCACCGCUGUCUUUGAGGGCAGAGCUCGAACCAUAGGGUUGACAGAUGACGUGAUUCAAGCGUUGGGCCUGCGGGGGUGGACGACACACGCCACCUUCGCAUUUGCUGUGGCGACACAGCCUGGUGCAGAUGAACAGGCCUUUGCAGACGGGGGUCCGUUGGUGGCAUUGUUGCGAAAGCGCAGCAAGGCCGCUCAAGAUGAAAGCCAUCUUCGAGCCGAAUCACCUCUCAAGCGAAUGCGCUUGGACGCUGGUUCAAAACCUGUCGAAGGACAGGCAUCAUUUCAGACGGGCGAAGACAAAGGGUCGCCCCAUGAUUUUCAGGCUGGGUUUCAAGAAGUUGACAACGCCAGCGAACCGGCGCCUCAGCCUUUGCGCAGUGACCACUUCCCAAAUGGACUUCCUUGGCUCAAAGGAGUUGCGAAGCUGAAGCAUUUGCCUGAACAAUGUCGUUUUCAAUACAUUCAUGCUUGUAUGUAUGGGAGCAGACGCCGAAAGAGCACGGCCUUACUUUUGAACUUCACAGCUCCAAAUCUGCAGUCGGAAUGCGAUGAUUCUCAUAGCCAUUUGCCUUGGGGAAUGGUUGACCAACAGGAUGGAAAAGGCUUGAAAUUUUCUACAAGCCUUGAGACUGAGUACCCGCUGCAGUUAUCACGUCACCUGGCAGUGGCUUUUAUGGAAGCUUUGAACGCACAAGGCAAGUUUUUGACCAGUCACAAUGUGCAAGAGGACCAGAUCCAGCGUAUUGGAGCUGGGACACAACCACGUGGUGUCAAAUCGCCCAUCCUCAUGAGCGAGUUCAAAUGCAAGGUGGACGUAACUUCCCAUGAUGUCGAAGUUCCCCAGCACAUUGGUGACUCUGUUUCUUUUCCUUUUCAGGGCAUUCCCAUCAAUUCGAAACUGAUUGCUUCUCGAAACGUGGUCUGGAAAGGGGUGGAUGGCGAGAAGCAGCAGGGCCAGAAGUCAACAUUUGGCGUUUUCUUCUCCCCUCUGGAGUUUUUCAAGAGGACGCUUGAGCUGGAACACCCGCUGGACACCCCACAACUGGUGGACAGAAGCCCUUCGCGGGGAACCAUACUGGUGAAGAACAAGGAAAGCCGGAUCAAUGACAUUAGGGUAACUCACAGAGGUCCUCUCAUUCUUUUGGACAACAGAGCAAAGCUGGCGCUGCGAGAUGCUUUUUCUUGUUUAGCAGAAUCAGGGCCCAGGUCAGUGCAGGCGUGGUCAGGCCGUCGACCACUGGUCAUUUUUACGGAUGGUGCUUGCGAGGAAAACGGUGAGCUGGUGACUCAUGGUGCCGUCCUUUUUGACCCGGUGUCCUCCUCCUCUUACAUGUUUGGUGACAAGGUACCUAUUGAAUGGUUGGAUCAGUGGAGGCUGAACGCCAGAUUGGAUGUGCAGUUGCAAUGCCUCAACUGGUACUCCCGUGUUCCAUCAAAGUCCAAUAUCAGCGACGAUGCGUCACGUCUUCAAUUUGCAGCCCUUGAACGACUUGGAGACUUGGCAGAUUUUGUUCGCAGAUCAGAUUCAUCAGCAGCAAGGGCUUUGACGCAAAGUAUUGGAGAUGGCAGAUCGCGGCGCAUGGUCACUGGCGAUGAGCAGAAGGUGGCCAAAGAGGAGUAUGAAGAGAUGAAAGCAAAGAACGGACGAGAAAGGUUCCGAUGUUUUGGUCGCAUGGAUUCAAUCAACACCGGGUUGGAGAUGGUGCUGUUGUGCGUGAAUUGCUUUCCCAACGCGCUGCAGUACACGAGCGUGGCUGUGCAGGCGGCUGGACUGCUCUUCACAUUGCCGCCGGGUGCGGAGUGGUGGAGGCAUUGCUCGCAGCGAAAGUGUUACCCUCAAUGGCUUUGCGUCAUCUUGAAGAUGACAGAUAUGACAGACGAUGAUGAGGCUGAAACAUGCGUGUUGGACAGUGAUGGGCGAACUGCUAUUGAUUGGGCUGAACGACGGCAACAGCACCUGGUAGCCGAAACUCUUCAUCGCCACGAGCGAUUGCAUCGGUUGGUGAAUGACAGCACGGCUGCGGCCCAUGCUGAAUUGAAUUCAAAAUUGUUCAACGCAGAGGCCCAUGCCGCACAGUUAGCCCGGGAUUUGGCAGCGAAAUUGCCAGGAAGGCCUGCGCGUACCUCCAGUUCUCAAGCAGAAAGCAGUGAGUUGGCUGCAGAAAAACGUCUGAACUCUGUGGAAGAGCAGUUGGCGGACAAAAAUGCGGAACUGUUGGCACUUGAAGCAAUGGCUCAGCAUGAAAGCGAGCAACGUGACCGAGCUGACAAAGUAGAGGAACGCUGCGAAGAACUGGAAGUUCGUUGCAAGAGCUUGCAAGAGCUUGAAGAGCGCCUUUUGAAGUCUGAGAUGCGCCACCAAGAAACCGAGAGUUGCCUUCAAGAGCUGCAAGACCAAAGCAAAGGAUUGCUGACGCUUCAAGCAAAGCAGCAACUCUCGGAGGAGUCCAUGCUGCGUCUGAACUCCGUGGAAGAGCAGUUGGCGGACAAAAAUGCGGAACUGUUGGCACUUGAAGCAAUGGCUCAGAAUGAAAGCGAGCAACGUGACCGAGCUGACAAAGUAGAGGAACGCUGCGAAGAACUGGAAGUUCGUUGCAAGAGCUUGCAAGAGCUUGAAGAGCGCCUUUUGAAGUCUGAGAUGCGCCACCAAGAAACCGAGAGUUGCCUUCAAGAGCUGCAAGACCAAAGCAAAGGAUUGCUGACGCUUGAAGCAAAGCAGCAACUCUCGGAGGAGUCCAUGCUGCGCUUGUUAGAGUCUGAGCAGAACGCUGUUAGCAAGCUGGAGCUGGCUGAGCGUGCGACGGAAGCUUUGCGAGUGGACCUCGAAGCUGCUAAGAGCGAAGCGGAGACCAUGCGUUGUAAAGCUGAAAACGCCGAGGAGGAGGCGCGCCAGGCACAGGCACGUGCCGCGGCAGCUUCGAGGGCGUGGGGCCGAUGA